GUUGCUAAAACAAUUCAAACAUUAGCAAAUUUCAGUUUAUUCAGUGGUUCUAAAGAAACCUAUAUGAAAUUUAUGAAUCAAUUUGUUACAGAUCAACUUCCAGCAAUGAGACAGUUUCUACAAUCGAUUUCAGUCCCAAAUUCCGAAAUCUACUUCGUCACAUAA